AUGGCAGCAGCAAAGAUGACCUUACGGCUACGCAAGAAGAGUGCCCCGGACAAGGCCUCUGACAAGACCUCUGAGGUUUUGUCUGCCGAGGCGUCUCCUGACUCCAAGUGCCCCAUCUGUCUGGACCGAUUCAACAACAUGGCCUGCCUCGAUCUCUGCUUGCACAAGUUCUGCUUCCGCUGCAUCCACGAGUGGUCCAAGAACAAAGCCGAGUGCCCUCUAUGCAAGCAGCCUUUCAACUCUAUUUAUCACAGUAUACAAUCAGAGAAGGACUUCAAGAAGUAUGACCUGCGACCCAUGGAGAACGGUUCCUUUGGCAGUUUCGCAGGGGAACGGUUCCGCUACCGCACCACGCUGACGGGGGCGCGUCGGCAGAACCAGAGAAGGACAUCCCCUCCCCCUGACAACGGGGUCAUGUUCGAGGCCUUAACGGGGGCUUCCCCCCCUCCCCGGCAGGACCGAGGCCUCCGCCACAUGAUGGCGCGCCUGGCGGCCAGGAGGCGGGCAGAAAGUGAGGGCCGGACCGUGCGCAGCCUCCGUGAGCAGGAGAUGAUCAAGUUCAGACGGGCGCUCUACCGGCGAGGGGUGCGAGUGCGGAGCGUGCGGGACGGCGGCCGUUCCCGGGACAUCUCGGCUGAGUUCUUCCAGAGGAACCCGGCCUGCCUGCACCGCCUGUUGCCCUGGCUGAAGAGGGAGCUGGCGGUGCUGUACGGGGCUCACGGGUCCCUGGUCAACAUCGUGCAGCACAUCAUCAUGUCCCGUAUCACCCGCUAUGACAUGGAGGACCGGGCCAUCCAGGAGGAGCUGCAGCCCUUCCUCCAGGCCCGCACCGAGCACUUCCUGCACGAGUUUGUCAACUUUGCCCGAGCACCCUUCAACAUGGAGGCCUACGACCAGCAUGCCGUCUACGACUGCCCUGCUCCGUCCUCGGACGAGGGCAGCAGCUCCAACUCCUCUGUGAUCGCCAUCUCAGAGGAUGAGGAGGAGGGCGAUUCUGUGGAGCUGGACCCCCCGGGAGACCCCAUGUCCGGGGGCGCCCUGAGCCAGACAACAUGGGACGACGAGACGCCCGGACCUUCGUACUCCACUACAGAACCCACCAGGGGCCUGCUGCUAUCAAUCAGAGACUCAGACUCAGAGAGCAGUGCGGGGGAGGAGUGUGGAGCAGUGUCACAGCCAAAGGCCCCUCGCCUGACUGCGGACUCUGCUCUGGUGAAAACCGACAAGGACAGACCGGCUUGUACUUCUGGCGAUGAGGAUUGCGUCAUCGUUGGCUUUGUAAAACCCCUGGCUGAAAGGACUCCAGAGCUGGUCAAGCUGUCCUCUGACUCAGAGGAGUCUGUUCUGGAGGAGAGCAAAGACGAAGUGCCCAGGCUGCCGCAACACAUCCGCUUCACCAGCCUUAGCCCCACCUCCUCUCAGGGCCAAUGUCCUGGGAGGGCAGAGGGGGCGGAAAAGGAGCAAGAUGGAUGGUGCUCCAAGGAGAGACGUAACACCUCACCCUCAAUUAGACCUGAGUCAUCAUCCAGCAAAAACAGGGGACUGACUGAGAAAGAUGUCAGGAGAUGUCACAGUCGCGAUAGAUCUAGAGAGAGGCCACAGUUGAGAAGCAGAGACCGGAGGAGGAGGUCCAGGAGCGCCGACCGCAGCCGCUCGACCAAGAGCCCAGCCAUCUCCAUCAACAGCGACAGCACUGUGUCCAGAGGCAGGAGGCAGUCGCGGUCCCAAAGCCGCGACCGCUCCCACACUAAAGGGGAAAAGAAGGACAAUAAAGAUGGCAGCCGAUCAGGCCGCAGCCGCGACUCAUCGUCGCACUCCUAUCACUGGCACUACUACAGCCGGGAGAGUGAGAGGGACAGCAGCGCAACACUCUACACGGAGAGGAGGUCCUACUACUCCAGCUCACACAGGAACCCCGAUUGCAGGUCCCGAUCCCGGAGCCAGAGUCGUGAUUCCCACCGGCGGGAUAAGAGGCGCUCCAGAAGUCAUUCCAGCACCUGUUCGCCUUCCGGCGCUCACAGGAAGUCUCGUCACGAGAAGCCCAGCGGGAAGAGAAAGUACAAAACGAGACACCUGGAGGAACCUGCCCCUAAAGACCAGUCCUCCAAAGCCCUCGACGAGCCUCCCUCCUCCAACGCCUCGUCCUGCGUGAAAGACAAGAAGAAGAGCAAAGAGAAGCGUCACAGGACGUCCAAGGAGAAGUCGGGAGGGAAGAGGAGCAGGAGCCUCAGCGUGGAGAUCAUCUUUGAGGGCAGCUCCUCGGAGCAAACCAGGAAGCACCACAAGAAGAAGAAGAAGCACAAGAAGAAGAACAAGAGGCACAGGAGCAAGGAGCGCACAGGGUCGGGGAAACACUCGCCCACCGUCAUCACCAUAGACAGCGACAGUGACCAACAUACUCCCGCAGGCGCUAACGAUGCUAACCACACCUGCCCGGUAAGCAGCAGCACUAGCAACGACGUGCUAGUGCCUAGCACAACCACCACUACAGGCAACCCUGCAGACUCUGGCCUGCUGGAGUCCAUGUUACAAGACUGGGAACAGCAGAUUCCACCUGUGGGUCUGGACAAUGGAGUGGUGGAGGCCAGGCCUGCUUUAGCUGCUGCUGCUGACACUGACACACCCACACAUAGGGAGGAGGUUCUGUCCCAAUCUGCCUCUGCGGAUGAGGUGGACUCUCAUAGCCCUUCAAAUGACAACACAAGUCAUUCUUUGGAAGAAUCAUAA